AUGCUCGCACGUUAUAAACCAACAGGUCCAUCCAGCCUCUCGCAGUCCCACGAUGCGGCUCGUCUUGAACGCGUUGAACAGGCCAACCAGCAGACGAACGUGACGCGCGGCCCGGGGGCGGCCGAGGCCGAAGCGGCCAGCAGCAGCAGCGUGCUCGGCGGCGACGACGACAGCCUGCCCAGCGGCGAGGACAGCGGCGACUCGCCGCUGCCCGACUUCCUCACGCUCGACGAGCUCCACCAGCACCGCGUCAAGCCCGGCAACCUGCAGCUCUUCAGCGAGCGGCUCUCGGACUUCGUAAGGUUCGUGCAGCGCGUGCACGACCUGGCGCGCGCCACGUACGACCACCCGGCCACGCUACAGCGCCGCCUGGAGCGCGACCUGGGCGAGCUGCGCGCGCUGCUGGCGGCGGUGCGCGACGCCGUGGCCACGGUGCAGCGCCUGCGCGCGCAGCGGGCCGCCGUGCGCAAGGAGAAGGGCCAGGUAACACAAAUGGAAAUGACACCACAAGUGCGCGAGAUGGAGAGCAUCGUGGCGGUGUACGACAAGGCCAUGUACGCGCGCUGGGAGAACGUGCGCCACACGCACAAGGCGGACGCGCUCAACGCCCUGCUCAACGACGUCAAGGGCAAGCAGCAGGCCAUGGAGAACCUGUGCGUGCUGAUCCAGCGCAAGCAGGCGCAGCUGCAGGGCCAGAGCCCGUGCGGGGGCGGGGCGCACGGCGGGGACCGCGAGCGCCCGCCGGCCGGCUCGCCCACCGCGGCGGGGGCGGGGGCGCGGCGGGCGGGACGCUCAGCGACGCCUCGCGGCGGCGAGCGCCGAAGGCACGAGGGCGGCGGGGGCGCCGCCGCGCGGCCGCGGGGCGGGGCAGGCGGCAACAAGCGCCACGUGACGCCGGGCUCGGCGCGCACUGUGGCGCUGCGCCGCAGGCGACACCACGAGCGCCAGGCAAGGAGCCCCGAGCGCGAGUGA